AUGAACUGUGCCGACAACUCCGGUGCUAGAAACCUGUACGUCAUGGCCGUCAAGGGAACUGGUGCUAGAUUGAACAGAUUGCCAGCCGCCUCCGUUGGUGACAUGGUCAUGGCUACCGUCAAGAAGGGUAAGCCAGAAUUGAGAAAGAAGGUUAUGCCAGCUAUCGUUGUCAGACAAUCCAAGGCUUGGAGAAGAAAGGACGGUGUCUUCCUCUACUUCGAAGACAACGCCGGUGUCAUUGUCAACCCAAAGGGUGAGAUGAAGGGUUCUGCCAUCACUGGCCCAGUCGGUAAGGAAUGUGCCGAUUUGUGGCCACGUAUUGCCUCUAACUCUGGUGUUGUUGUUUAA